AUGGAUAACAAUAACAAUCAGUCAUCUUCAUAUAAUCCUAAUCCACAUGGACAACCUCCCAAUUCUUCCCCAUUUCCAUCCCCUUCCAAUCAUCCUCCAUACCCACCUCCCAAUUCAGCUCCAUAUCCUCCAUGCCCCUUUCCAUAUCCAUACCAAUCACCACCACCACCACCACCUGGAUACGGAUAUCAGUAUCCGGGAUACGGAUAUCCUUAUCCCACAGGAAUGUCACCACCACAGCCUGGGGAAACAACUCAACCAAAUAGUCAAGAAAGUGGUGUUAGUGGGACUACUCGUGAAGAUGAUAAUGCGACGAGUAACUCUAACCCUUCUGAGAACGAACCACCAUCAACAGCACCAGGUGCAUCUGGGCCUCCUUAUCCUGGACAUCAUCACAGUGCUUCUUAUCCAAGUAGUUUCACAGGAUUCACUUCUCCUACCGGCUCACUUGAUUCAUCUCAAAUUCUUGCAAUUCACCAAACAGCUUCGUUAGAUUUAGCAAAUAGUCAGAAUUAUCAGAUCGUGCCAUACGGGACUCCCAAAAAGGCUUUGAAGGUUCUGCUCUUACAUGGGAAUCUUGAUAUUUGGGUUCAUGAGGCAAAGAACCUUCCGAACAUGGAUGUGUUUCAUAAAACAAUGGGGGAUGUUUUUAACAAAUUACCCGGAAAGCAAACUAGUGACCCAUACGUUUCCAUUGCUAUAACGAGUGCAGUGGUUGGAAGAACUUACGUGCGUACCAACAGUGAGAAUCCUGUUUGGAAUCAACAUUUUAGCGUACCUGUUGCACAUCAUACUGCUGAAAUUCAUUUUCUUGUCAAAGAUAGUGACGUCGUGGGAUCUCAACUUAUAGGAGCUGUGGCAAUCCCAGUUGAACAUAUAUAUUGUGGAUCAAAAAUUGAAGGAAUUUUUCCAUUAAUCAAUGCAAAUGGAAGGCCUUGUAAGAAUGGAGCUGGUUUGGCACUCACAAUGCAAUACAUUCCAAUGGCAAGAUUGAGUUUCUAUAACAACGGAGUUGGAGCUGGUCCUCAGUAUCUCGGAGUUCCUGGCACUUAUUUUCCUCUAAGGAAAGGUGGGAGAGUUACUCUCUAUCAAGAUGCACACGUACCCCAUGAAAGCCUCCCGGAUUUUGAGCUUAGUGAUGGCAUGCGCUAUGUUCAUGGGACUUGUUGGAUUGACAUAUUUAAUGCAAUAUCUAAUGCCAAGCGGCUCAUUUACAUCACAGGAUGGUCGGUAUGGGACAAAGUGGUACUGGUCCGUGAGGUUCCGGAUGCACCACAGUAUUCCCUAGGAGAUCUUCUGAAAAGCAAAGCACAGGAAGGUGUAAGAGUUCUGCUUCUUGUUUGGGAUGACCCUACUUCAAGAAGCAUAAUGGGAUAUAAAACGGAUGGACUAAUGGCUACCCAUGAUGAAGAGACUCGGCGUUUCUUUAAGCACUCUUCUGUGCAUGUGCUGCUUUGUCCUCGUAUGGCAGGAAAAAAACAUAGCUGGGUCAAGAAGAAGGAGGUUGGAACGAUCUAUACACACCACCAGAAAACUGUGAUUGUAGAUGUUGAAGCUGGAGAUGAUAAAAGAAAAAUCGUAUCUUUUGUUGGGGGACUUGAUCUUUGCAAUGGGAGAUAUGAUACUCCAGAACAUCCCAUAUUUAGGACUUUAAGUACCACACAUGCAAAGGACUAUCAUAAUCCGACCUUCACGGGGCAUCUUUCUGGUUGUCCAAGAGAACCAUGGCAUGAUUUGCAUAGUAGAAUUGAUGGCCCGGCAGCUUAUGACGUUAUGACCAACUUUGAGGAGCGGUGGCUAAAGGCUUCAAAGCCUCGGGGCAUAAAAAAACUGAAGGCAUACGAAGAUGUUUUGCUAAAGAUGGAAAAGUUUCCGGAAAUUUUGGGUGCGAAUGAUGAACCUUGCGAUGGUGAAGAGGACCCUGAGGGUUGGCAUGUACAGAUUUUUCGUUCAAUUGAUUCAAACUCCGUUAAAGGCUUUCCAAAAGAUCCACAGGAAGCUACAGCCAAGAACUUGGUUUGUGGGAAGAACGUGCUCAUCGAUAUGAGCAUACAUUCUGCAUACGUGAAGGCUAUCCGUUCUGCACAACAUUUCAUCUAUAUCGAAAAUCAGUAUUUUAUUGGAUCAUCGUACAAUUGGAAGUCUUAUAGAGACUUAGGUGCCAACAAUUUGAUUCCAAUGGAGAUCGCACUUAAGGUUGCUAGUAAAAUUAGAGCACAUGAAAGGUUUGCAGUAUAUAUUGUCAUCCCUAUGUGGCCGGAGGGUGUCCCAACGGGUUCUGCAACCCAACGGAUUUUAUUUUGGCAGAACAAGACGAUGCAAAUGAUGUAUCAAACUAUCUACAAGGCUUUGGUGGAGGUUGGUCUUGAGGAGGCGUUUUCACCAACGGAUUAUCUCAAUUUCUUUUGUUUGGGGAAUCGUGAGGCCAUCGGCCCUGAUAGUUCACCUAAUCAUAGUCCCGAAAAUACUCCUCAGGGACUUGCACGUAAGAACAGGCGAUUCAUGAUCUACGUUCAUUCGAAAGGCAUGAUAGUGGAUGAUGAGUAUGUACUUAUAGGCUCCGCAAACAUAAAUCAACGCUCUAUGGAGGGAACUCGAGAUACAGAAAUUGCAAUGGGCGCCUACCAACCUAAUCAUACUUGGGCGAAAAAUCUCACCGAUCCACGAGGACAGAUUCACGGAUAUCGAAUGUCUCUUUGGGCCGAGCAUCUCGGCACUGUCCGUGACUGUUUUACGAGGCCUGAGUCCAUCGAAAGCGUAAGACAGGUUCGAUCGAUGGCUGAAGCCAACUGGAACCAGUUUGCAGCCGAUGAAAUAACCGAAUUGAACGGCCAUCUUUUGAAAUAUCCGGUUGAAGUCGUUAGAAGCGGAAAGGUAAGACCUCUUCCGGGGUUCGAAACGUUCCCAGAUGUCGGAGGUCAAAUCGUGGGGUCAUUCCUCGGGAUUCAAGAGAAUUUGACUAUUUGAUUGUGGAGUCUUUCAGGUUUUGAUUGUGUAAAGAUUAGGGUUCUUGAAUCCCAGUUUUGAUCAAAGGGUUUUAGUGGGUAGGUUUUGUUUGCAUUCUUGUUGCA